AUCAGGAGUCAGCCAAAUUCGAUUUGGGGAUAGCUUAUAGUAACACUGUGAGUGGGUUAUUCAGUUAUUUUGAUGUUUUUGUUGCGUAGAAUGAAACAAAAGUAACAGCUCUUGUUUCACCAAGCGCAUCAGACUUUGUGAAGCGGCAUUAAUGGUUUUGAGAAAGUUUUCUGCCAUCAUUAUUGAUUACUUUUGGUGUUUACUCAAAUAAGGAAUUGUUUUGUUACAGAAAAGCGAUAAUUUAAAUAGCUUAUGAAGAAGUUUGUCAUAUCUGCUCCUGCAAAAGCCAUAUUAUUUGGUGAGCAUGCUGUUUUAUAUGGUUACCCAGCUAUCGCUACUACAAUUGGACUCCAUUGUUACUUUACGGUUACUAUUGGAGAUGAAGCUUGUGAAGAAAUUGUUAUAGAUCUAACAGAUUUAUCAGAAAAUACUAUCUAUAUCCCAGUCAAAAUUUUCAACUCUGUAUCGUGUAAAUCAUCUAUUUUGGAGGAUACAUGGACAUUAGUGUCGAAAAUAUUCGACCGUUCGUAUGAUGAUACUUCUCAGCACACACCGAUCUAUGUUAGUACAUGUGUGUUAGUUUAUCUUUUUAUUCGUGCUUUGAAACUAAAAGAUUCGAAAUGUGACAGUCACUUGUGUUCGUUUAUUAAUGGGAGGCAUUCCUUACGAAUUGAAGUUCAGUCAGAUAUUCCUAGGGGAUCAGGUAUGGGAUCUUCAGGUGCAUUUUCAGUUGCUGCCGCUACAACCAUUCUAUUAUUGACUGGGAAUUUCCCGCUUAAGCAAAUUUGGAGUGCGGAUAAGACUCAGCGUGAAUUAAUAUCUUCUUUGGCCAGAGAUGCUGAAUGCAUUAUUCAUGGUACAUCAUCAGGUUUGGAUACGACAAUAUGCACACAUGGAGGCACUAUUGUUUUCUGGAAAGAUCAAAUUCCUGUCUUCAAAAGAAUAAAUAUUCCAAACGUUAGUGAUGUAACAUUACUGUUAGUCAAUACCAACAUUAUUCGUCGCACAUCUGUUGCUGUACGGCAAGUCUCUGAUUUAUGGAAGAAUAAUAAAUCUUAUAUAAAUUCUAUUUUUCAAGAGAUAGGUACUAUUGUAGAAGAUGUAAGUGGAAUUUUGGAUAAAACAGUCACACAAGAAAUCAAGCAAUCUAUUUCUUCUCACGUAAUUAGAAAUCAGUAUUUACUUCAUGAAUUAGGAGUGUCAAAUUCAGUUUCUAAUCAAAUCAUUGACGAAUUGAAGCAGAUUGGUAUCCCUGCCAAAGUUACUGGUGCAGGUUGUGGAGGUUGUGUACUUGGAUUUAUCCUAGGAAAACAUCAUGAUGAUACAAAACUCAAUGAUCUUAUUAAGAGUUGGAGUGAACACUCCCUAUGGGCAAAAGUUGUUUCAAUCGUAGGUACUGGUGUUAAGUAUCGUGUUCACCUUUUGUAGUAUUUUUUUUUCUUUAUGAGCAUUUGGUGAGCUCAUUUUUUGUGAAAGGAGAAAAAAUAUUGAUAAGUUUGUUGGAAAGUAGCUGAAAAGUUAUAAAACUAGUGUUAUACUUGGGUCUCUUUUGUCCGUGAGUCUAGUCGAGAUGUCUUUCAAGGGACUAGGGCUAGCAGUUCUCUGUUUGUGGAAAGCAGCUAUUUUUAUCAUAGUCUUCUUAUACUUCAAUCUAUUUGGUGCAUAGUUAUGAGGUGUUAUUUGAAAGGUUCCGAGGUUCAUCAUAUAGUCAAAAUUAUCUGGAAGUUGUUUAAAGGUUUCAAGAAGUUGCUAAAAAUUCCUUUCAGAGUAUGUUUCUGCAGUAAAAAUACGUCUCUACUGUUUGGUUUUCAUCUGCGAUAUGAUGGUCAGCAAAUAAAACUGAUAUUCAAAGCUUAAAUUACUUGUCAAAUAAUGAAUGAACUUCAAAUACUUUCAGUGCAUUAAUCAUUAUUUCCAAUUUAUCGCUGAGUUGUUUCCAUUAUGUAUAUUAUAUAUGUAAAUUAGUGUUUUAUUUCUCUGAUUACAGUACAUUUUGAUGAUUACA